CUAUCGUAACCCCUUGCGCGCUAUCUUGGAAGUUGCCCGUGCUCAAGAUCUACUGCUCAUGAUCUCGUCUUUGAGAUAUUCAACCUGAUAUCCCAUCCCUCUCGUGUGACAUUUGAUUGCUACGUUUACUACCUUGAGUCCUACUGAGGUACCACCUCAUCAUACAUCCUCCCAGACGCACAAGGUUCCACCCGUCCGCAUCCGCGUCUGCAUCUGCUCCGGACGCAAACCCAAAUCCCAGAACAAAAGCAGUCGUAUUGAAAUCGAGACCAAACUUGAUAAUGUUCCACAGAAGAACUAGCUUGGGAGGCAGAAAGGUAUCGCCUCCGCAGCCAACAGCCUUCACUGCCGAGCAAAAGUGUGAGUUGAUGCAUCUACCCCAAAUUCUAUCAUUGUGAUUGUCGGCAGAUGUUCUGACUGCUCAUUCUCUUUCUCUCUGCCGCUGCCCCUCAACAGCAUGCCUCCACGAGAUCCCCCAUUCACAUCAAAAUACUCACAUGCGUUUUCAGCUUGUUAUCUAGAAAGUCUCCGCAACGAUCGUCCCGUACGUCCAACGGGUUCAAGACCGGCUCCAUUCACAUCAAGAAACUACGCAUUCAUUUCCGAAUCAUCCAACUUGGCCAGGUCAGAUUCGGCGCCUGUCCUCACCUCUGAUACCAAUACCCACUGUCACAAUGACGAGCCAGUUCUUCACAAGUCUAGCUCGUCAGCUACAUCGAUAACCAAGGGUCGACCGCUGGCCCAGCCUCCAGGUCAAGACCGACCAGUCCUUCGAGGCAGGAAAGUCUCGCCUACAGCCACAAUCCAAGUGCCACAGGCCACCCAAGAUGGAGUUUAUAUUGAAUCUGCCGCUCGACAACUCGAAAAGGAAGAGGCACACCAUCUGCGAGAGGCAUUAGACUUGAUUGAUCAGAAAGAUGAGGAACGAAGAGUGUACACGGCGGCACAGCAAGAAGCCGCAGACCUGGUGUGGAAGCAUCGAAAUGCGGCAGCGGCCGAACAAGAGAAGAUGGCGCCAUACUCCAAUCCAGAUCUAAAGCUUAAAGAUCGACGACGGAGUAGUGGUCACAGACAGGCGAGUGCAUCAAGAAAGGCGUCUUUUCCUCAUGGGGACGGUCAAAUUGACGAAGAGCCAUCCACCUCCCCCGCUGUCCUACCGACGACCGAGCAAACAGUCAAAACACCCAACGCUAGUCUUCCGCUGAGGAUCAAAUCGACCAACACCCUUCCAUGGCUGAGAAAGAGGACAGAAAAGACGUCAGCCGUGCCAAAUUUGCCUCAUUCCAAGAAGUACGACUUGUUCGAACUACACAAGAACCCUCGGAUCCAGUCAAACAAUGCCGAGUAUGUGGCAAACGAGCCACCACCUCCAACCACGGCUAUUGAGGCGAUCCAAGAGGUGGAAACGCCAAAGUCUUCGCCAUGCUUGGAAAUCAGAAGUGAGGAUAUCCGAGCAGCAACAAGUAUGAAGAGGAAAGACAGAAGUCCGAACCUACCAACUCCAACAGCAGUCAGUGACAAUCUAGGAAGACCCAUUGUGAGCUUUGACAAGUCGUGGAAGCCGCAGAUGGAUUCGCCUCGGACUAGCCUGGACAUGGAGCAACCAGUCAGAAGAUCGACUGAACCCAGUGUGACGGGAAUGGAGGCGACCCAGGAAAGACCCACGACCAGACCCAUCUUGCCAGUACCAUCAGUCACAGUGUCCGCUCCAGAGGUACCGACGAUCCACGUGGCGGACCAUGGGUCUGAUGCCAGACCGACCCCGAGCUGUGUCAUUUCGGCACCAAGAGUUCCUAGAAUUGACUUGCCCGAGGAGCCGGCGGCAGUGCCAUCGAUCCAUGUUGAUGGAGAUGGAAGUCGGUCUUUACCUCAAGUGCCGAGCAUCGAGAUAGAGAAGGAGAGAUCAGUUGCGCACAAUGAUCGACCUGCGACACAUGCCUCGACGACAAAGCCUACAAGGUCGAGAGUUCAGCAAACAACAUCAGCACGAGUUCCCUGGCUGAAGCGUGCUUCUCUCCCUACCGUCUCGUGCUCAAGCUGUGGAUUGCCAAUUUCUGGUCGCAUCGUCACGGCGGCUGGUUCGGUCAGUGGGGCUCCCAAAGCUCGAUUCCACCCCGAGUGUUUCGCGUGCCAUCACUGCUCAACGCCUCUGGAGUGUGUAUCAUUCUACCCCGAGCCAGAGCACCGAAGACAGCAGAGAAUUCAAGAUGAAGGCUUGGACGAGGCGGAGCAUGAGCUUCGAUUCUACUGCCAUUUAGACUUCCAUGAAUUCUUCUCUCCGCGAUGUCGAUCAUGCAAGACACCAAUCGAAGGGGAGGUGAUUGUGGCAGCAGGGUCGGAAUGGCACGUGGGACACUUCUUCUGCGGCGAAUGUGGGGAUCCUUUUGACUCUGACACGCCGUUUGUUGAACGAGACGGCUAUGCGUACUGUGUGGGUUGUCAUACAAAACGAACGUCGGCGCGAUGCAAAGAAUGUAAGAAGCAGAUCCUGGACGAGAUCACGGUAGAGGCUCUAGGGGGGAAAUAUCACGAGCAGUGUUUUGGGUGUUUCGAAUGUGGAGAUGGAUUUGGACAGGAAGGGCGUUUCUUCAUUCGAGAGAUCGCGGUGGAGCCGACUGACAAGGAGAGAAGAAAGGGGAUCAUGAGGAAGAUGGAGGAGAAACCGGUGUGUGGUGCGUGUGAGGAGAGGAGGCUCAAGGCUUGAGGGGGUGUUUGUCUAGGGAGACAGAAGAGGAAUGACUGUCGGCAUUGUUGGAGUAGGGAGUCGAACUAGGACUGCACGCUCUUCAGGGUAUGUUUGGUUUGACAGGUAGACAUGGAGAUGUUAACAUGUUGUUUGAGUGUCACGAGUGUAUCAAAAUGAAGGCGUGUAGUUGUGAGGCGUUAAGGAG